GCACGAUAGGAUUAAUGUUCACGUAUUUUUGUUGAUGUUACCGAAGUUGAAGUCAAACCUAAUGCCAAUGGUGUACGUCAAUUUUCCAUCAUCCUACACGGAUGAGGAAGAAAUGCUGCUUAAAACAUACGCAAAGCUUAGGAAAAAGAAAAAACAAAUCGCACAACUGAAGGCAAAGAAGCCGGCUCCCACAACAGCGACAACGGCAGCUGGUAAAAAGACAUGGACGUUCCCGUCAGAAGUGCCAGACGACCCCAAAGAAGCAGCAAAGCAGCUGAUAAAAUCAGGCGCGAUACAGGCUAUUAAAGGAGGCCAUAAGGAGAGCAGAGGUUUCAAGCGGUCGCGCACCUUGGAACGCAGACUUACGGACACCGGCGAAAAGACAGACACGAAGCCAGUUGGAUUCCAGCCGUUUAGCGUCGUCGCUGCAUCUAAAUCUGGCGAGGAAAACAUAGACAGCUCUAGGGGCGGCGGUGGCGGCGGCGGGGUCGGCGGCGGCGGCGGGGGUCGUCCGCCGGCGAAGGUCAAGAAACUGUACGAGAGUUUUGUGCGGGGUCCGGACGAGCCGAGCGAAUCCAGAGACGGAGGCGACCGCACGUCUGGGGAGCGAACGCCGCGGCGGGACUUUGACUACGAGCGGGAGCCGCGGCGCGGCAACACGAUCUACGUGCGCGGCUACAACGUCACCGAGGAGAUGCUGCGUAAGACCUUCGUCAACUUCGGACCCAUCCUCAACGUCUCGAUGGAAGCCGAGAAAAACUGCGGAUUCGUUACGUUCCAGACAAACCAGGCGGCGGAACAGUGCAUAAAUGAGAUGAACGGCAGCAUGGUGCAGGGAGUAACGUUGAAGGUGUCGCUUGCGAGGAGGCAGCCCGUCAUAGAUCUCCCCGCCGCCGACGUAACGACGUCGUCCUGGUCUGCUAUCGUCUAUGUCACGAUCUAUGCCACGAUCUAUGUCACGAUCUACGUCACGAUCUAUACCACGAUCUAUGCCACGAUCUACGUCAUGAUCUACGCCACGAUCUAUGUCACGAUCUAUGUCAUGACCUACGUCACGAUCUAUGCCAUGAUCUAUGUUGUUGUGACCAGCGUCGACGGAGGCGACCGCACGUCUGGGGAGCGAACGCCGCGGCGGGACUUUGACUACGAGCGGGAGCCGCGGCGCGGCAACACGAUCUACGUGCGCGGCUACAACGUCACCGAGGAGAUGCUGCGUAAGACCUUCGUCAACUUCGGACCCAUCCUCAACGUCUCGAUGGAAGCCGAGAAAAACUGCGGAUUCGUUACGUUCCAGACAAACCAGGCGGCGGAACAGUGCAUAAAUGAGAUGAACGGCAGCAUGGUGCAGGGAGUAACGUUGAAGGUGUCGCUUGCGAGGAGGCAGCCCGUCAUAGAUCUCCCCGCCGCCGACGUAACGACGUCGUCCUGGUCUGCUAUCGCGACAAACGCUUCGCAGAAGGGCACCUUCAAAGACUCACGUCAACUUCGCACGUACGACCACGACGACAUAUUCUGAGCAUAUAUACGAGAUAUAAUAUAUAUAUGAGAUUCUCUGGAUAUAUAUAGAUAGGAUAUAUAUAUAUAUAUAUAUAUAUAGUAGAUUAUAUAUAUGAAGAAAACCUCUGCAAAUGAGCGGCAGAUGGCGGGAGCGACCACGACGACUUAUUCUGAUGAGCUCUGGAUAUAUAUAGAUUGAAUAUAUAUAUAUAAAUAUAUAUAGGAAUAUAUAUAUAUAUAUAUAUAUAUAUAUGAAGAAGUCGUCUGCGAAGGAGAGGCAGCCGGCGGCGAUGGCGACGAUCACAUGUAAAUAACUGGGGAAGUCUGCGAGAGGGAGUCGAAUCGUGUUCUUGCUUGAAUUUCGUCGGGUUUUGCUUCGGAAUGCCUCCCCGAAGUAUUCGUUGAGUAGACUGUAAAAUGUAAGUGUAAAUUGGAAAUAAAUGUAGCGAGAUUUACGUGUG